UCUCUCUCUCUCUCUCUCGGCGGUAACCCCAACCAACGCAAAAGCAAAACCCUACCGACCCCAAUCGCCGCACGCCACCGCUGCCGCUGCGUGCGCGAUGGUCGUCUCCUUAAGGCUCUCUCGCCGUGGGCGCCGCCUCUACCCGCCGCCACCGCCCGCUUCCACCCACGCCGUCGACGAUCCGCCGCGUCCUCACGCCGCGGCGUCCCUUGACGGGCCGCCCCCGCCUCCUCGCCCGCCGUGGGAAGUCGCUGGUUCGUGGCUUCAUAGCGGAAUCGCUGCUCGAUCGGAAUUACCACAUAGAAAUGAAGUUGUUCCUCUUGAAUCAGAUAUUGAGCCGUCCUUUGCAUUGAACUUGUAUCCGGAUGGGUAUUCAAUUGGAGAGCUGGGGAAGGGAAUGUUUUUGUAUCUGAUUGGCGAUGAUCCAAAGAAGCGGCCAUAUAGCAGGGCAUCAAAAGCUUUGUUUUCUGAUAUUGAGUAUGGCUGCUUGCCUCAGGACAUCUUACACGGCAUCCCCUGCAAAUUUCAAAAUGGGUCUACUGUGUGUGAGGUGUGGGACUACCGAUCCUUUUUCUCUAAUGGUGGUGAUGAUUCAGGAGAUGACUUCCCAAAAGUCAAUAGAGUUCUUCUUAGGAUGGGAACUGAGUGUGUUGUGAAAGAUUUAUCUUCCAUUGCGGAUGCCUCAUGGACAUAUCAUGAUCAAUUGAUUGCCGAGUCCACCAUCCUCAAUGCUUUGCAACCCCGACUUAAUUUGGACCCUACACCAUGCCUUGAAAAGCUUUGCAAUUCAAGUGUUAAGAAGAUUGAUCUAGAUCUAUAUAAGGGAAGACAGAACACUAAAGGUACAUCUCUUCUCAAAAUGUCUAUUAAUCCUCCUGAAAAUUGCAUGCCUAAGGAAUUCAAUGUCUGUGAAGGUGCAGCAGUAUGCAUUGAGAAUGCAGCUCGAGAAGGCAUGCCAAGUGGAACGUUAAACAGCUCGUCAGUGAACAGUCCAUCUACUAUCCAUGUUAACAAUGCCCAAUCAGCUGUAGAAUCUGAUACCGAGAAUACUAUUCGAUCUUCUUCUACCCUUAUGAACAGUUCUGCAUUGUGUGACAGAAAGCAAAGUGCAUCAAAUACUUCUCCUGAUCAUUUGCAUCAGAGUAAUGAACAGCAGGCAUGUGCAGCAAUUUUACAGGUUGAUCGUGAAAAGGGACAACCACAAAGGCUGACAGUUCUUCCACAGAAUAGAAAGAAAUCUUCAAAUCCUCUGCAUGAAAGGCAUGAAUCCAAAAAAGGCAGCCCUCCAAACAAAACUGCAAGGUCAAGUUCUCGAAAUUCCAAAGGCCUUCAAAAGUCAACAGGCACCUCAAAUAAAGAAGGGCUUCAGCUGGGAUCUCCAAAUGAACUGCAGGUUGAGGUUAAGGUAGAUCGGACAAUAGGCAACAAGGACAUGAAAGCUCAGAAACAAUUUCCCUUGUCAGUCCUCCCAAGUACUCAUUCGUGUACUUCCUUGAACACAAGUAAUCCAUGUAUUGACAAAAUCCCUGAAAAGGUUAACUCGUUGCAUAUUAUGUUGAAAGAGCACCAUGAGGCUCCAAUUGUUGACCCAAAAAAAUCUGGCACGGCAGAUCUCAAAGACAGCAGAACACCCUCUGUAGCCUCCUUCAACGCAAGUUCAAGGAAUGCAACUUGUGAACCUUGUGAGGAUAAUGCUGCUACAGAACCCCAGUGUACUGCUUCAAAGAGAAAUGUCUCUGGAAUUUCUACUUCUUUCAACCAAGAAAUCAACUUGAAAGGGAAAGGAUGGCAAAAAGUUGAUACUCAGAUCAAACCACCCUGUGAGAACAGAAGCUCAGAGGAGCCAGUUGUUACUGGUGGCGUUAGCAGUCAAUUGGGUAUUUCUUCGUAUCUCGAGUCAUGUAGUGGACACCCUAUAAAUACCAGUGAACCUGGUAUUGAAAAGAUUCUAUCAGAGGUCAUUCUGACAACCCAGAGGCAUGGACUAAAUGAAAAGGCUGCUAAAAGUUAUGGUCUUGAAACAUCCUGGUUAUUGCCACCAUCCGAAUUCUUUCAGUCUCAAAAUGCUGAGGAAAUUCCAUAUAUGAGGGAAGAAACCAUGCCAUACUAUGCAACCAAGGGAGCUACGAGUACCUGGAAGAUUAGAAGACUUACUUUUCACCCUUCCAAGUAUUUGUUCUGUAAUGGCUUAGUUGAUGAAUCUCACUACACACUUUGCCUGCUUGAGUCCCAAGCACCGGAUAAUCAUCAAAUAACUGUGGGAACCAUCUAUGGAGAUGAGCAUACACACAUUGCUACCCUUCCCACUUCUUGUCAUGCAGAGAAGUUUGUGGAUCAAUUUAUCUCUCUGAUGAAACGUGAUGGCUACAACCUUUGCAACGAUAAAGUCUGCAAUGAAUCAUCUGAACUCAGACAGCAAUUUGAGGAAGUCCCUAAUCUAGGCUACCUGACUGGAGAAUAUGCAGAAUACCUGAUGUGCUCGCCUUCUGUUGAGAGUAGUUUAGCGUUUAAUGAGAACAACGAUGUAGGCUGUACCUUCCAGAAUAGGCUUCCAGAUUAUCAUGCAAAUCUUCUGCAGUCACUGACUCAGCAGUGGGUAGUGACGGAACAAUCUCCAACGAUGGAAACCCCGGAAGCAUUUUUCUUGAAUCCCAGUCAUCCAGAUGGCCUGCAGUAUUCCAGCAGAAUUCUCCACGACCAGGGGCCAUUGUUUGCAUGUAACUCGUUUGCAAUGGAUCUGCACCAGUUUCCAUCUGUUCAGCCGUCCCAGGAAGUUUCCAUGGAUCAGUGCUUGCAAUGCAGACAUGAUAUACCAGGGUUCAGUGACACGUGCGGCGUGGGCACGAGUGCAACCAGCUACGGCCAGUGGCGUCAGGUUUACACACAGAUGGGCAAUGUGGUUUACCAAUGGGAUUUGCCGGCUUUGGGCAGGCAGAUUCACAGCAGCCCUCGGCUGCAUGAUGGGAGGAGCAUACCGUGGUCGGAGUUGCAACAGAUCUGGCGUCCCCAUACGAGUGCACGGAGCAUGGACUCUGAUGAUGUCAGCGUCACAAGCACACCGGUUCUGGUUCAGCUCCCCAUCCCUCUCGGUUACCAGUACCUGUGGAAUGGAUCGUGUUGAAGUGUGAUGGGCCGUGUGGUUUUGCUGGUGCUCUAUUCAUGCAUGUUACGUACAAAUACAAUACAAGCAGUACAGGAUAUAGAUUUGAACAUUCCCCUUAUUUUGUUGUUUGCUCUGUAAUGGGCAAAUUGUCCCUGUUCUGCUAUUACUUCUCUGUUAUAUAGAUUUGAACAUCGGUGUUUGUGGACUAAUGUAUCGUGAAUACCUUGGUUUGAAGCAAAAGGGAAAUGUAUAUACCUUCAUAAACUGAUUAAAAUUAUC